UUAGGGCCUUUGAAAAACCUUCGGAGGGUAAAAUCGUCUUUCAAGAAAAUUAAAACCCUAACCAGAGUGCUACAUAAGACCCUUGAAAACCAAUUCCCUCUGCUGCUCGUCUCGUUAGCUAUUAGAAGUUGCGCCUCAGUAGUCAGUACUCCUGAGUCCCUCUCUGCUCUCUCUCCCUCGCGAAGUCCCUCCAAUCCAACAUGUCUCUGGUGGCGAAUGAGGACUUUCAGCACAUUUUGCGUGUGCUGAACACUAAUGUUGAUGGGAAGCAAAAGAUAAUGUUUGCUUUGACCUCAAUCAAAGGAAUUGGGAGGCGUUUUGCUAACAUUGUCUGCAAGAAGGCUGAUGUUGACAUGAACAAGAGGGCUGGUGAAUUAACUGCUGCUGAGCUGGAUAAUCUCAUGGUCAUUGUUGCAAAUCCUCGUCAAUUCAAGAUCCCAGACUGGUUUUUGAACAGGCAGAAGGAUAACAAGGAUGGGAAAUUUUCUCAAGUUGUGUCUAAUGCACUGGACAUGAAGUUGAGAGAUGAUUUAGAGCGACUAAAGAAGAUCAGGAAUCACCGGGGUCUGAGGCACUACUGGGGUCUUCGUGUCAGGGGACAACACACCAAGACCACUGGUCGUCGUGGAAAGACUGUUGGUGUCUCUAAGAAGCGGUGAGAAUCCGUUCACUGGGUUGAACAAUUUAAUGCAUGGGGUGGCAGAGUUGGUUCCAUGCUCCAAGUUUUUGCACCAGAAAAAUUUAGAUGUGUUUUUGUUAGAUUGGAAGGGUUUUAUCCUAUAAAGUAUUUUAACCAUUUACUGUAGUUGCAGAAUCCUUAUUAUAUUAUGUUAAAAUGUUUGCAAUUUGCAUCUAUUUGAGUUGUGAUUUUCUGUGUAAAAUUAUUAUUAAUAUUGGCCUAUUGUCUUUUUAGUGUUUGGAUA